CUGGUGGCGUGAGGCCGCGGCCGACGUCACGGAGAGCGAGCGGCGGCAGUAGCUUCUAGUAAAUUGCUGCGCUCGAGCGCCUCGGCCCUCCUCAGGUAGUGGCUCCCGGCGGCUGGACAGCGGCAACAACAGCAACAGUAGCAGCAGCGAUGAUUAAAAAUGGUGUGGCUUCCAGCGACAACUGUUCCCCGGAGAAGAGGAAGAGGACGGUUCGGGUCUGGUGCGAUGGCUGCUAUGAUAUGGUGCAUUAUGGCCACUCUAACCAGCUGAGGCAGGCACGUGCUAUGGGUGAUUACCUCAUUGUGGGAGUACAUACAGAUGAGGAAGUCGCCAAGCACAAAGGUCCACCUGUGUUUACACAGGAGGAACGUUACAAGAUGGUCCGUGCGAUUAAGUGGGUUGAUGAGGUGAUUGAGGGAGCACCGUAUGUAACAACACUUGAAACGCUGGAUAAAUAUAAUGCUGACUUUUGUGUACAUGGAGAUGAUAUUACUUUGACUGCUGAUGGAAAAGAUACUUACGAAGAAGUGAAGAAGAUGGGCAGAUAUAGAGAGUGUAAACGUACACAGGGCGUUUCUACUACAGAUCUGGUUGGUCGAAUGCUCCUCAUGACUAAAGCUCAUCACAGUAACAUUGAAAAAAAUUCAGACUACCAGGAACACACUGAUAACUUUGGCAAGGGACCAAAAGGUCACAGCCCCUGGACUGGAGUAUCUCAGUUUUUACAGACUUCCCAAAAAAUUAUUCAGUUUGCUUCUGGAAAAGAGCCUGAACCAAAUGAUACCAUAAUCUACGUGGCUGGAGCGUUUGACUUGUUCCAUAUUGGUCAUGUAGAUUUUCUAGAAAAUGUCUACAAGUUGGCAGAAAGACCUUAUGUUAUUGUUGGUCUGCAUUUUGACCAGGAAGUGAAUAGAUACAAAGGAAAGAAUUACCCAAUAAUGAAUGUGCACGAAAGAACACUAAGCGUACUGGCUUGCAGAUAUGUGUCAGAAGUAGUAAUAGGAGCUCCUUAUUCUGUGACCGCUGAUUUACUGGAUCACUUCAAGGUUGACUUGGUUUGUCACGGAAAGACAGAAGUAAUUGCUGAUAAGGAUUCUUCAGACCCAUAUGCUGAGCCUAAACGACGUAACAUCUUCAAAUCCAUCAAUAGUGGGAAUGAUCUCACCACGGACCACAUUGUCCAAAGAAUAAUCAAGAACAGGUUACAGUUUGAGGCAAGAAACCAAAAGAAAGAAGCUAAAGAACUGGCAGCAAUAGAAGCCAUCAAGAAGAGAUGUGAUGAACAAACAAAAGGAAUCCUAGACCCAAAAUCUAGUGAAUAGUUCUAACCAUGCACAACUGCCGACUUAUACCAGUACACUUCAUUUAAUGAAUGGUCUUUCUUCAGCACUGUUUGUUCUAUGUUUACUAGAAUUUUGCAUUUUAGAUUUGCAGUGGGUUUAAUUGAUGAACCUUUAAAUAUUUUUAGUUAACAGGAUACACUAAGGGGUAGUCUGUACUUUGAGCAACUGAACUGGCUGCUUGUAAAUAUACAUAUAGUAUUUACAGUGUAGUGCUGUAAAAAUGUAAGUAUAUAAUUUAAAAAAUUAUAUAUUCUAUUUGCAUUUAAUUGACCUGCAAAAGGUCUGAUAACGUAGACUUUACAAAUAUCUAUUAUACUUUUUGGUGAUUUGGAUUUUAUGUAUCUAUCAUGCUGCUUUUCUAUUUAUAAAGAGAUUUUAAGGUGCAAUUAAAACUGGAGCAAUUUUGAUGUUUACUAAUGUCAAGAAGAUUUUGCUUUGAAUUUGAAAUAGUGAGCCAUGGUUUAUUUUUAGCUUCCUCUUCACCACUGAAGAUGAGACCAUUUAAUUCUUUGUCAACUCCCUACCCAUCUUCACCCCCCCAUCCCUGCCCAAAAGAACACCUUACUACCACCUCCAGCAGUCAAACCUCAAUUUAAUGUAUUAGUGCUUCCUUUAUCAAAUCUUUUCCUUUAGCAUGGCUGGUAGUGAUAAUUACUUCUGGGCAUAAUGCAUUCUGGCAGCAGUUUUAUUUCCUGGGACCAUAAAAGUCUGCAGUACGUACUGUGUAUCACAAUUGCCUCAUGCACAAUUAAUGACAUAAAGCAAUUGAAAUUUAAAUUUUAAUUCCACUUAUCAGCAGUUUAAAAGAAGAAAAAGUUCAAAGUUAAUUUUUUCCAACAUGUUCUGCAUCAACGCUAUACAUGUGCAAAAGAAUUUGGACUAAAUUUCUAGCUUUUGAAUCUUUGCUUGAAAUUAUGGGGAAAAAAAGAAUUUUCCUUAAAUAUUACACAGCACCCUCAGUCCCUAUCUCAUUGAAAUAACCAAUGGCAGAAUUAGUAAAAUUGGGAGCCAGUGGCCUUUGAAAUGGACUCAAUUGUGUAAUAAUGGUUAGAGCAUCAUGUCUAACAUAUGCUAAUAAUACUACUGUUGUAUUUUUCUUCAUACUUCUAGGAAGUGAUUUUUUGAAAGGUUGUUUAAAUUUUAAUAGCUGCUUACUGUUAUUUUUAAUCUUCUGAACUAUUUUGUGCUAUAUAUAAAUACUCUAUUUUGUGUUAACCUUGAACUUGUUGCAGUUUUAAUGAAUGUAUAUUGUGGCAAACAUCUGUAGAACUUUUUGAAUUCACUGUCUGCUUCUCUCCAAUGGUGCAUUAAAACAUGGCUCAGUAACGUGUGCUGAUGUAACAAAUAAAUCAGUGCACAAGU